AUGUCCUCCGAUCUCAGCAUAAGUCCGCGUCGUCGACCGUUUUUGAAUGCCAACCUUCCUCGUCUCUCCACCGGCCAUUGUGAUGGACGCUCCCCCAGCAACUCUUCAAAUACAGUUCGCCAUGCCACCCUGAGGAAGGAAGCUACAUUUCAUGUCUCUGCCUCCCCCUCGUCCCCAGGGGACCCCGUCCUCCACUUGCCAACCCUGCUUCGUCGUUCUCCAACUAGCCCAGAUACUCUCCAGGAACUCUCUGCUGCUAGGGAAAACCGCGUUGCAGGCUGGCUCGGCAGCAUUGAGCGCAACUCAACUGGUCCCGGGAACAAGUCACUGUCCAAGCAGAGCUCGCUCGAGGAUGUGAACAGCAGCCUCAAGGCUCCACGAGGUCUCAACACUCGCCUCACCUCUGCUAACCUAAUGGAAAUCGACUCUUCAUUUAGGAAUUCAACCGAAUCUGGCUUCCCUGGAAAGGAGAACAUCCGUACAGAGCUCUCUGACAGCGGUGUUGGUUCUUCCAUCGGCGAAGACGUUUUAAACCGAGAGAGAGCUGGAGCUGUCGAGGUCAGCACUCGUGAGUCAGUGGCUUCCUCUAGAACCAAGCUCAGCACUGGGGCCAAGCGCCAUAUUCAGCGUCACGUUCUUCUCCCACUGCUCAAGGAACAGCGUUUGAAAACCUUCCAUUCUCUUGUAAGAUCUGUACCACAGCGUAUUCAGAGUAGCGAGAUUACCUGUCUUCGAGACGUUGAGAAAACCUUGCUCUACUUGGCUCCUCAUCACACCGUCUCCAGAUCAUCAUAUUUGAGCUUCUGCGAGUUCACCAUCCAGUGUGUGCACACAACCGUUGGAUAUCUCAACGACCACGACCAACGCCGUCCAGCAGACCGCCCCUACACUAACGGAUACUUCCUUGACCUUGUUGAACAGGUUCGCCAGUACGCGGUCUUGAUCAGAACUGCCCGGGAAAGACGUGCUGCGUCCCCCAACCGUGACGAUCUUGGCUAUUCUUCUGGUGAGGAACUCGUUCUUGAGGGCGGCCUUGCAAGUACCGGUCGGCCUGCCGAACUUGUGAGAAAGAAGAAAGGACAAGCUAUCUCCUUGAAGACUGGAGAACCUUUUGUUGAACAAAAGCCAGUUGUUCCAAGCUUGAAGCGCGCUCCCAGUAUGGAGAACCAAGAAAGUGUUAUGCGUUCCAUGGCGCGACGCAAGAAGGACGCCCCGCCAAUGAAUAUCAACGAGAAAUGCAAGCACUGUGAUAAGGUCUUCCGCCGCCCUUGUGAUCUAACCAAACACGAGAAAGUGCACACUCGGCCAUGGAAGUGUCUUGAUACCAAAUGCAAAUAUCAUCAGCUCGGAUGGCCAACUGAAAAAGAGAGAGACCGUCACAUGAAUGACAGGCAUUCCAAGUCCCCAAAGAAGUUCAAAUGCCUCUACCCCGGGUGUACUUAUGACACCAAGCGCCAGAGUAACUGUAAACAGCACAUGGAAAAGCUCCAUGGCUACAAAUAUGUCCGAUCCAAGAAUAAUGGCAGGUCAAGCCACCAACUUUCUCCACAGCCAACACCAGCUACAACCAACAUGAACAGCCCACAAGCACCGUCAGUCGACAUUCCUACACCCAUCAGUGCGCAGGCCAUGUCUCCAUACAUGUCCCCAUAUGAACAACAGUCCAUCCCUUUUGAGAAACCCGCUUCCCACGGGUCUCCAAGCAUGAGCACUCGGAGCUCUGUCGGAUAUGCUCCUAGCCCCGGCGUGUAUCCAGGCCCAAGCCCUAGUAUUUGUUCGCCUAGUGAAAUGGGACAACAGAAUACUACUAAUGAUGACUUCAUGCUCUUCCCCGAGUCUACAUCAUUGAACGAGUACAACAGUAUUCAUGAUGACUUCAAUGCCUUCUAUGCCGACCUUCAGGCCGGAGAUCCAUGUGAUACUCUACCACAGCUUGACAUGAAUCUCCCUUCUGUGUCCUCUACUCCUGCCGGUAAUCUUGCUACUGGGUUCCAUGCUCAGUCUCCACCAGACCUAAUUGGAAGCAAUGCAGAUCUAGACUUCCACUUCGACGUCACUGAGAACGAAUACACCUCCAUGAACCUUCAGCUUCUCAGCCCGGCACAGUCUGUUGAGGCACAGGCUAUGAAUUGCCUCUCUGAGCCCGAGAAUCUUUCUCUCCCACUCCCUGCCUUAGACAAGAACUCUAGCAUCUCCCCAGCCGGACACGGUAAUGUUAUGUUGUACUCUCCCGCCUCAUAUGAAAGUGAUGAGGGCUUUGAUGACGGCUUCGACUACAUGAAAAUGGACAUGGGCAAGCAAACUAGUGACUUCACUCUCUUCAGUGGAUCCGAGGGCAACAAUAUGUGUUCCACCGGGCUUGAUAGCAAUGACUCUGAGGGCUGGAGCAUUUCCAGCAUGUUCCCUCCUCUCGGCACCCUCAACGACCAGUUGAAUAACGCCGACUGGCCUCAGCAGCUGGGCUCUAGAGAGAUGGACAUUGACUCGAUCAUGGAAAUUGAUGAUAUCUAA